ACAGUGGCAUUGCGCAGAGAGGGGAUCCAGAGCUGGUCCUGGUGUGGAGGGCAGAACACCUUUCAGAGAUGCCACUGGGGAACAAAGUUCGCCCCACCUCUGCUGGUGCCAAGCUUGAAACUCAAAAUACCUCCAGCAUCCUAGUACAGCUGGGAUGUGCUACCAGGAAUGCCGAACAGACCAGGGAGAAGACCCCAGAGACACGGGCUGUGAGAACGCCGCCCUCCCGUGGCCGGGUGGUGGAACUGCAAGAGGACCCGGAAGGCGCCGAGCCGCGGCCCGAAUGGCUGGAGAGGGAGCUGCUGAAGCAGGGACAUCGGCGGCACACCGUCGCGCUCGGAGUGGGCUUCGCCUUCAGCGAAGGACGCCUGCGGAGCGCCGAGCGUUCCCGCGGCCUCGGCAAGCUGAGGAUUGACCAGAAUGUAUCUCUUCAAGACCUGGAAAGACUGAAACAAGCCUUUGAGGAAUUUGAAAGUGGAGGCAUGCAAGCAUUGGACAUGAAGAAUUUCAGGCUGAUUGUCAGGAAGUGCUUGCAAUUACAUGAUAUUAACGAUGAGCAAAUUCAGGAGUUAUUCAUGAAGAUUGAUUAUUCGGGAAAUGGCAAGAUUGUCUGGGACGAGUUUUGCACAUACGUGCAGCUGGAGUACAUGGAGAAAGACGAGGCGGUCUCGCGCGGCAAACGGGCGGCGCUGGUGCUGCCCGCCUGCGUCAGGCCCAUCUGUCACGGCGAGCCCGUCCUGGGCAUCCGCGCCACGGCCGAUGACAUCAUCGUGACCGUCCGCGAGGAGGGGGAGGUCUACUACUGGAACUCCGAGCUGCAGCUGAAAAAGGAGAAGGCCGUGUUCCAACAACGGCCUGUGAAUAGAAAGCCAAAGUGGGCAACAGAUUUUGCCAUCAUGCCACAAUACAACAAGCUGAUCAUCGCCACAGGUGAUCGUGAGAUCCAGUUCUACGAGCUGUUGUCUUUGGAGCCCUACUGUCAGCUGAGUGGUCUGGAGACAGUGCCUCUAAAAUUAGACUACAGCUCUACAGGCCCAGAUGAGUGCAUGAUUCUUUAUGGAGAUGCUCAGGGCUGCGUGACCAUCAUAUUAAUUACAUUGGUUGGGGAGAUGCUGAGAUUGUGGAAGAAGUUGCCCGUGGUAGAAACUAUGCCCAGCAUAGGGAUGGACAGUGCGGUCCUCUCUCCGAACGUGACGUGUAUUCGAUGGAAAGUUCAUGGAGACUGGGUGACUCAGGUGAAAUAUUCUGAGAGCAUGCGGGCCGUUGUCUCCAGCUCAAACCAUGAGGCCUCUGCUCUCGUCAUAGGCUGCAUUCGCCCAACGAUGAACGUGGAGCAGACCCUGCGGGAGAUCCGGGAGCUCUGUCGAGAGGGGAAGAGCCGGAGAGUGCAGGCUGGAGUUGGAAGUGCCCAGCAGAGGGCAGCAGGUGACCAGACCGUCUUCUCCAUCUACAAGGGGGCGAAGACCUUCGACCUCUGCAAGACGCUCAACCUCCUGGUCACCGGGGGCAUGGACAGACUCAUCCGCAUGUGGAACCCCUAUGUCCCAGGGAAACCAACUGGCUUCCUGAUUGGCCACUGUGCACCAAUCUUUUACGUCUGCAUCUCUUCAGACGAUGGCCGCAUCUUCUCAAUGUCCAUGGACAGCAUCAUCAAGAUCUGGGACAUUCAGGAUCAGUGCUGCUUGUUCACGGCACAUCCCAAAGCCAGCCUGAUCCGCGGGGAGCUGUCUGCUUGCCUCUACUCCCCGUCCGUCAAAGCGCUUUACGUUGCUGCCGACUCAAUGGCUCUUCUCCCUCUCAGGACGCGAGUGCAUGCCCAGAGUCACUUGAUCAUGUCUCACAAGGAGCCAGUGUUGUGCAGUGGGUACAGUGAAGCAUUCCGCCAGGUGGUCAGCUGUUCUGACGGAUCCGUAGUGAAAGUUUGGGAUUUUGACACAGGAAAACAAGUCUUUGAGUUCGGAGGUGCUCAUGGAGUCUCUGCUAUCACCUGCUUGACCUUUGACCCCAAAGGAAGGAGACUCAUAACUGGUGGCAGAGAUGGCUGUCUUAAAGUCUGGAAUUUCAAUAAUGGCCAGUGCCUAAAAAUAUUCAGAAAAGACCACGAUAGUGCGGAGGUCUGUGACUGCACUUAUUUGAAUGUGAACAGAAACACGUAUAUAAUCUCAGUGGGCUGGAACAGAAGGAUUGACAUUUACUUUGAUUCGGCGGAAGACCCUCACCAUGUCCAGGGCCCACAGCCCCCUUGGCAGGAUGACCUGAAGUGCGGCCACAAGGAAGACAUCUUGUGUGUGGCCCAGUGCCCACCCUCUCUCCUGGCCAGCGGCAGCUACGACGGUGAAAUCAUAGUGUGGAACCUGGUCUCAGGACACGUGCAGUGUCGUUUCACCACCCCCGUCCUCGACGACUGUGACCCCUCGGAGGAUGUUGACAGAAGCGCGUUGAGCCUUGACUUCCUAAAGACUCGCGCCGUGGGUGUGCGCUUCAUCUCAGCCGCCUGGCUCGUGUCCUCCGGCGCCCAAGGCUAUGUACAUUUCUGGAAUGUGCUAAACGGAGGAAAAGUCCUGGCUAGCUUUCAAGCGUCUAGACUAAAAUAUAAGAUCACCAAGCUGACUGUUACUCAGGAUGAAAGCAAUCUCUACGCAUCCGAUCAAGCUGGUUUCAUCUAUGUUUAUGACAUCACUUCAUAUGCGCUUGGCCCUGAGAAAGAAGCACCAAAAUUGACAAACUACUGGCGAGCACACAUCAGUAGCGUCACUAGUCUGCAGAUUGUGGAGGACGGCCUCGUGCUGCUGACCACGUCCACUGACUGCACGGUGCGGCUCUGGAGCACGGACGGAGAGUUCAUAGGGACAUUUGGACAAGAGGAGAGCUGGAGCAUCCACACACCUUCCUCCUGGAAGCAUCCCACAAUUCCCCAUGAGAUUCUGAUCGACCCCCUGAGCAUGCCAGCACACAGCCUUCUCGACAGGCACGACAGUAUCUCUGACAUUAACCGCUCGGACCAAACAAAGGCCAGAGAUGCUCAGCCUGGCUCAAGAAGUAAGCCAAAAUCCCCUACAGUGCAAAUUAGUGACAGUGAUGGUGAAAUCCUGGAGGAGAUCAGAAAUCUAUGCUACCCUUCAAUGCAGGGGAAGCGACUCCAUCAUGAAAUAUUCAAGAACACCAACAAGCCUCCGAACCAUGGUGGCCCCAAGGCCUACCACACGCUGCAGUGCUUUGACAUUGACGAUACAUCAAACAUGUGCAAGAAGCCCGAUCUCUCCCUGGCCGUAAUGGAUGCUUUCUCCUCCAGCCUAUCAGUGAAGGGGCCUGCUGGAUCAUGACAGCACAAUGCUGUCAACAUCCGGGAAAUCUCUGUAGUUGUUGGUAGGCUGAACCAUAGCCUUCUUGCAUCUGCCCAGGACAGGAUUGUCGAGUAAGAGCAUUUGGUGGAAAAAUGCAAAAAAAGAAUAUUUGAACAAUAUUGCUUCUGGGCAACAUGAAAGUUCUUUGGCUGCAAAACCUACAGUCCAAACUAACCAACAACAUAAAGGCCCUAUUCUGAUGCCGGUACAAAGAGAAGACUGACUUCUUUUCUUUUUUUUUUUCUUCAAGCUUUAGUGAAUUAAGCUCAGCCAAAGCAUUUCACAAAGUAAGGAUUCAAUGAAUAAAAAAAUUACAAAAAACUAUUAGCAGUAAUACAUUACCACACAAGAGUACAGAAUGAGAGUAAAUUGGGAAAACAGGGAAAUAAACAUUCUGUGUUCAAGACACUCAAAAACUUUGA